GCUCUGCAGUGUCUCAGAAAUUUUCAGUGGUAAUACUUCGGCAGGGUACCAGUUUUUCAAGUUUAUUCUAUUGUGAAUUUUUCUAUGCUGUUGAUACUGUUGAAGUGCAGUGUACAUAAUAUUUUUUUUUUAUCUGUUGUCCAGCUUUUUGUUUGUGGUGAGGAGGCAUUAGAUGUAAGGAAAAAGUGUACCUUCAUGUGAUGGCACAGAGCAUCCCAGCUGCACUUUAUUUAAUAAACUCAGUGGAUUGGAGUAGCACCUGAGACUAAUAGCCAGAAAAAUAGGAAGUAGGACAGAAGUUACCAUGGAGGAGGCAACUGCUAGUGUGAGGCUCUUGUGAAGAUUUUUUGGAGCAUCUUGGAGAAGUUUUCUUACUGAUUUGCCCCACUUCAGAUAGUUGGAGUCAGAAAGCUGGAAAAGGCACAGGACAAGACAGAAGGAAAAAAGUUUCUUGCUGACCUCUCACAAAACAGAGAAUGCUGAGAGCUAGAAACUUGGAGAGAGCCUACAGUGUCAAGUCUGUAACCAGGUUCUCAGACAGCUCUAACAGCUCUGACAACCUUAUGGCUCCUUCACCAGCAGAAGUACAGUGACUCUGCUCAGCUGUUGGAAUCGUCCCCUCUUUGUAGGAUGCUGAACCUGGAAAGCUGCGGUGUCUACAAAUGGAAGCAAACUGAUAUCUCUGCUACUUUUAAUUCCAAGCAAGAUGAAGAUCCCCUCUUUGCUGCUGAGGUUCCCUCGUUAUUUCUCUAGAAGAACUUGCCUCACGAACUUUCACUUUACUUCCAGAGCAGAUUUCCCAUGCAUUGAAUCUCUUACACCAGUGCAUCCCUAUCGUACAAAAUGGAUAUGUUCAUCAAACAGUUUGAGGAGAGAGCUGUGCCAGCAAGCAGCCCCUGACCAGCAGAUAGAGGGACUUUCUGACAAAGAACAAAGACUGGUAGACAGACUUUACAGCGGACUAAUUCAGGGUCAUAGAGCCUGUUUAGCAGAAGCUAUUACGCUUGUAGAAUCAACUCAGAGUAGGAAGAAGAAAAUAGCCCAGGUGCUCCUUCAGAAGGUAUUAUCCUACCACAGGGAACAAGAAAAGUUAAAUCAAGGAAAACCACUUGCCUUUAGAGUGGGGUUGUCUGGUCCUCCUGGUGCUGGGAAAUCAACUUUCAUAGAAUGCUUUGGGAAAAUGCUUACAGAAAGAAAAUAUAAAGUGUCUGUGUUGGCUGUAGACCCUUCCUCUAGUACAAGUGGUGGUUCUCUAUUGGGUGAUAAAACACGGAUGACUGAGUUGUCAAGAGACAUGAAUGCAUACAUCAGACCAUCUCCAACCAGAGGGACACUGGGAGGUGUAACAAGGACCACAAAUGAAGCCAUUCUGCUGUGUGAAGGAGGAGGCUACGAUGUUGUUCUUGUGGAAACAGUAGGUGUGGGACAGUCAGAAUUUGCUGUGGCUGAUAUGGUUGAUAUGUUUAUAUUACUGCUACCACCUGCGGGUGGAGAUGAAUUACAGGGUAUCAAACGGGGUAUAAUUGAGAUGGCAGAUCUAGUUGCUAUAAAUAAAGCUGAUGGUGAUUUAAUUGUGCCUGCACGGAGAAUACAAGCUGAAUAUGUUAGUGCUAUGAAGCUGCUUCGCAAACGUUCAAAGGUUUGGAGACCAAAGGUAAUGCGUAUCUCUGCCAAAACUGGAGAAGGUAUCUCAGAUAUGUGGGAUAAAAUGACAGAAUUUCGUGACCUCAUGCUCACAAGUGGUGAGUUGAUUGCCAAACGACGGAAACAGCGGAAAGUGUGGAUGUGGAAUCUCAUCCAAGAAAAUAUGUUGGAACAUUUCCGGAGUCACUUGGCAGUCAAGGAUAAGAUUCCACUUCUAGAAGAAAAAGUGCUUAGUGGUGUCUUGUCUCCUGGACUGGCGGCCGACCUGCUACUGAAAGCAUUCAAAGAUGGUCUCUAAGCAUUAUAUUCUACUCUGUUCUUGUUAAGUGCUUUAUGUAAACAUGAACAUUAAAUACAGUUUUUCUAUGUAUGGAUUCAAAUGUUUUGCUACAGCGGACAGUAAUAGAAUACCUAUCCAGUACUCUGCAAAAAAAAUACUGUAGGGUUCUGUAUAUGUGAAGAUCAUGACAAAUCCAAACACUCAGAGAUUACUACAGACUAUAUUGGAAAAAAGUACAUUUCUAAGUCUUCUAAUUGUACCUGCCAUAGAUCUGUUGAUCAAAAAUGUAUGCCCGUGUCAAAAUGUGACUGGUUUUGGGAGGGUGGGAGAGGAAGGUUUGUGGUGGUGCAGAGUUUUAUUGCAGUUAUGGGACCAUCUCAGAGCAGUUGACACUGCAGCUUUCUAUUCUAAUAUAGCAUCAGCUGUUGCCAGCAUGGACUGCUUUUUCUUUCCUCAGCUUGAGUGACAGCAAGAACAUUGGGCCCCCUGCCAGCAACUGACCACAGUCUUCUUUUUAAAUAAAUUGUAUGCAUAUAAAUAGAA